AUGAAUAUGAACUGGAUUUUCUCAGUCUCGCUUUUCAUCUUCUUGUCGGGAUCUACCGCUUCCGUCGACAAUGUAAAACUCCCCUGUACAGAGGACAUGUUCCAUAGUCACACAAAUGCAUAUUGGGCAUGCGCAGCGCAGUUUGCAUUACAGUCCAACUGGUUCCCAUCUCCAAUUGCUGGUCUGUUUAGCUACCAGAUUUGGAAUGGAUUCGAUGGUUUCUGGCAAAAUGGCGCCGUGCUGGAACCGUUUGUGAAUUUUAUGACCUACGCUAACCAUACCAGAUACAAAUCUGUUGUUCAAAGCUCCCAGCGAGAGCUCUAUUCAUUAUUAGAAGCAUAUGGCCCUUACCCGUCAUUUGACGAUAUGGGCUGGUAUGGUCUUAGUUACGCGAGAAUCUACGAGAUUUUAGGAGGAGAUGAUUUCCUAAAUUCAGCUGUAGAUAUUUUCAACUGGGCUUGGGAGACAGGAUGGGACGAAAGUAAUCGAUGUAAUGGGGGAUUCUUUUUCGAUAAUCUUAAGAACGGCAAACAAACAAUUACAAACGUUGAGAUGUUUCAACUUGGAGUCAAAUUGUACCGAUUGCGUAAGGAUUCAAGUAUUCUUGAAAAAGUCAAAAAGAUACACAAUUUUUUGUUUAGUAACGAAAUUGUAGACAUGAAGACACAUCUUGUUGUUGAUGGCAUAUUUAUGGAAAAUUGUAGUAGUAAUGGUGUGUAUGGGCCUUCAUACAAUGGCGGAGUAUUGAUGGGAGGUUUAGUAGAGUACUACAAGAUUACCAAAGACACAUACUACUUAGAACUUGCCAAGCACAUCGCGGAAGCCAUCAUUGAGACCAAAUCCAAUAAUAGCCGGAUCCUCACUGAAUAUUGUGAUCCUAAUUGCAACGAGGAUGCUAUGAUGUUUAAAGGGAUUUUUGUGAGGAAUUUGAGAUAUCUAAUGGACGCGCUUCCGCCCAAGGACACAACAACCAGAUAUAACUACCAGACGUAUCUUGACAUCAAUGUCAAAGCAAUAAUAGAAUUAAACACUUGUGACAAAAAUCCUAUUUCUGAAUGUAAUAUAACUUUUCAGGACGGUCCACCAUACUAUAACGUAUCAGGUCCAGUGUUUUCUCCUAACUGGAAUGGUCCGUUCACCGUCGGAGCGCCUAUGCAACAAACAUCCGCUUUCGAACUUUUUGUGUCAAGCAUUUACCCCGGGACAUCAUGUGUCGGUGACCUUUGUUCAUAUGACCCGUCAUAUCCGGCGCCGCAACCUUUGACCUGUGGAAGUCAUCCAUGUCCCAAACAAGAAGAAUGCUGCGAAUACAGCCCCUAUACGUCCUACACGUGCUGUGCCAAAGGUCAAAAAUGUAACAAACAGGGAAUUUGCGUUUAG